GGUCGGUCCUGCUGAAAUUCCCGGGCCCAAUGCCUGCACGGAGGGGGCUUUUAGCGCCCCAAAACACCUUUCUGGACACCAUAGCGACACGAUUCGAUGGAACACAUAGCAAUUUUGUAUUGGGAAACGCACAAGUGCCGUCCAUUUAUCCAAUUGUUUACUGUUCCGAUGGAUUUUGCGAGCUCACUGGAUUCACUAGGGCGCAAAUUAUGCAGAAAGCCUGCUCCUGCAAAUUUCUGCACGGACCGGAAACGAAAGACGAACACAAAACUCAGAUUGAUAAGGCGCUGGAAUCCAAGAACGAACUCAAACUGGAAGUUAUAUUCUAUAAAAAGAACGGUACUCCUUUUUGGUGUUUACUCGACAUCGUCCCCAUCAAAAAUGAAAAAAGAGAAGUGGUCCUAUAUUUGGCAUCACACAAAGAUAUUACCAACACAAAAAUGGCAGAGAUGUCCGAGUGUGAGCUAUACGAUAGUGCUGCCGUACUUGGAGCACGGUUUCGGGGCUCGGCUGACUCUUGCCUCCUCGCAGAACCGGUCAACGGCGACCUGGACGAUCCGGAGGCCCCACCUGCUAACUACGGACGACGCAGAUCCAGAGCCGUACUCUAUCAGCUGAGCGGACACUACAAACCGGACAAGAUGAAGACAAAACUGAAGCUCAAUAAUAACUUGUUGAGUUCGACCCCACAACCGCUUCCCGAAUACAAAACGGCGGCCGCAAAGAAAAGCCGAUUCAUUAUUUCGCAUUACGGCGUUUUCAAGAAUGCCUGGGACUGGCUCAUUUUGAUUGCCACUUUUUACGUGGCAGUUGUUGUCCCGUACAACGCGAGCUUUCUCAGACCGGAAACCGAAAGGCCGUCGGUUAUUAUGGACGUUUUCGUUGAAGCACUUUUCUUUAUUGACAUAAUAUUGAACUUUAGAACAACCUUCGUGAACAAGAAAGGCGAAGUCGUCUCUGACUGGAGAUCCAUUUCAAUCAACUACUUGAAGACUUGGUUCAUUGUCGACUUACUGGCAGCACUACCCUUUGACCUGCUCUAUGCUCUUUAUGGAGAAGAGUCUGGCCCGUCGCACACUCAUCUCAUCAAGUUGACAAGGCUCUUGAGACUACUGCGUCUCCUUCAAAAGAUUGACAGGUACUCCCAGUACAGCGCCAUGAUUUUGACAUUGUUGAUGUUUUCCUUUACGUUGGUCGCCCAUUGGCUGGCCUGCAUUUGGUAUGUGAUAGCGCAAGAAGAAGUUGAGACUGAUUUAGGAUGGAUAAGAGCUUUAGCUGAUAGACUUAAGAUUAGUGACGUCAAGAAUAUAUCGAACACAAACGCCUACGUGACCGCCCUCUACUUCACUUGCUCAAGCUUGACCAGCGUCGGAUUCGGAAAUGUUAGCGCCAACACCACCAACGAGAAAAUCUUCAGCAUUUGUGUUAUGCUUAUUGGAGCUCUGAUGCACGCCGUCGUCUUCGGUAAUGUAACCGCCAUUAUUCAGCGAAUGUACUCGAGACGUUCCCUUUACCAUACUAAAUGGAGAGACCUGAAGGACUUUUUCACUCUCCAUCAAAUUCCGAACGAGUUGAAAAAUCGCAUGCAGGACUAUUUCCAAACGAUGUGGUCGCUCAAUCAUGGGAUCGACAUUCACGAUACUCUCAAAGAAUUUCCUGAAGAACUAAGAGGCGAUGUUUCAAUGCAUUUGCACCGAGAGAUUCUGCAGCUCCCGAUUUUCGAAGCUGCUUCGCAAGGAUGUCUGAAACUGCUCUCCCUUCACAUCAGGGCCAACUUUUGCGCUCCCGGCGAAUAUUUGAUUCACAAAGGAGAUGCAUUGGGGUCGAUUUACUACAUUUGCAACGGAUCGAUGGAAGUUAUCCAGAAUAAUAUGGUUGUAGCUAUACUGGGUAAAGGCGAUCUAGUGGGAUCCGAUAUCAGCGUACACCUACAACACCAUCAUCAGUCCAAUAACAAUCCAGAUGGAGUAACCAGAAGUGCAGGAAACAUUGACAUUGUUAUAAAGUCCAGCAGUGACGUGCGCGCUCUUACCUAUUGCGAUCUGAAAUGCAUCCAUAUCCAGGGACUCGUUGAUGUGUUGAGGCUUUAUCCCGAAUACCAGCAACAAUUUGCGAACGAUAUCCAGCACGAUCUCACGGCUAACGUCAGAGAAGGCUACGAAGCAGAGCAAGAAUCGGAAGGAAACGGCAUGCCGUCACUAACCCUUCCCAGCAUUAGCGAAGACGACGAGAAUAUGCAGGAAGGCGAGGCAUCGUCGCCUGUAUCGCCGACCAUCCGGUCGCCCCUUCACCAAAUUACCACUAGCAGUCCUGCAAGGCAUACCAAGUUUAUUAGAGUACAAGAGGUGCACGAAAGUCCUCGUCGAUCGCGUUUGGGCGGUGUGGCAAGUAACCACUUGGCUAUGCUGCGAGGACGAGUUGAACGUCAACGAAGUGUGAUCAUGCCGCAUUCCAAAUUUAACUCGUGCGAGGAUCUAACCAAUAAGAAUACAGAAUGUGAUAGUAGCGCCGGUAAUAAUAAGGAGAGCGCCGAGCGACUAGACAACCAGAUAUCCUCUUUACAUCAGGAUGUUGCGACGUUAAGUAUCGAAGUUCGGAACGCUAUCCAAGCUCUGCAAGAAAUGGCAAUGCCGUCAUCUACUCACGGAUCAGCCCACUACUCGGCUCAUUCAAAUCCAAACAUAACCGACGUGCACCAUUCCUCGUCGGUUUUAACCAGAAGCAACUCGCACCCUCCAGAAAUGUUCUGUUGGGACGGCGAAGGAGCCGCGUCUCCAAGAACCCUAAUGUCCUUAGCUCUGGCUGAUAAGGAAACCCAAACAGACAACAUAGAGCUUAUUCGGACUUUCGUCCAAGAGAACCCGAAAGUUAUAUUGGAACUUUUAGGGUUAGAUUCUGAAAAAAUAUUGACAAGGAUGAAUCUGAAGAAGAGCCACAGCAAUCCAGAUUAUACUUGUCACGAUGGCCGAUUCACUGAUAGGUGUUUCGUGAAUAUGAGUAACAGGAAUGAUUGUAGCAUAGUUGUGGAUGAAGAAAGUGAGGAUGAAAAUGAUGAAAAUACUCCAUUUUUGUGGUAUGAGCAGUCGAAUAAUGAAAGGAAAUCACAAAUUUUUGAGAGUUUGAGCAGAAGCAGUAUUAUUAAGUUUACGCGGGGCAUUGACAGCUAAGUUUUCAAUUAUCAACGUACAAUAUUUAAAAAAAAAAAAAGUCAAUUUUUCUUCAUAACUAGUUAGGUGGAUAAUAACAGAUGUAUCAUACCUUCCUAUAUUAUUUACCUUAUUCUAUGUGAUGUACCUAAAUAUGAUGUCAUAUUCAAUUUAGAAAUAAUAAAUGUUCAAAUUGUAUUCGAUUUAGAAUAAUCGAUAAUUAAUACAAAUAGUCUGUACUUAUAUACCUACAUGUUUUUUAGGAUCCAUUGUAAGGAAUAACGCGUUCGUCAGUCAUAUUACAAGGGUUCCAAUUCUUUUUCAAGAAAAUAAAUCCGCGUGAUUGCUGACGUAGGGAGAACCCCAACCCGAUGAGCUCAUUUUUAAUUAAUAUGCUAAGCAAGGUGCAUAAAACAGAACAAAUUAUCUGCAUUAGAUACCUACCGAGAUUUUGAGUCAUGUCAUGAUGAAAUAUUACCUAGUUUCUCCUUGAAGUUUAGAUAGCGCGUCUUGACAUAAGCCCGUGUUAUACGUGGUAAGUAAUAAAACUUGAUGGCCACAACGGUUUUCUACUCGAUUUAUUACAAAGUAGUUGCGGUUAAUACUGAUAGCAUGUCGUAAAACUUCUCCCUUUUUGUCACGUAUAUUAUUAAUAAUAUCUCAUCUGUGUGUACAAUCAGGUAGGCGGCGAUUUUUCUCAAAAGUCUUUUUCUAUAAGGGUUUUGAAGCAUUGAAGUUGGUCAUUUGUGCCGUAAUAAGAGCGCAAACCAGCUAGUUUAGUGUAUUUCCUAAUAUUUUCCCAAUAAUUCAUGUAAAUGUUUAGUUUUAUACAAAUGACUGAAUGAAGCAGGUCAGAUCCCCUUUCUUGUGUAGAAACGUUGAUAGAAGGAUCAUGAUCGAGUCGUUCCAGUUAUCUGGGACGUUUUGAUAAAAUUAUUUGUACUCGUACGUUUUUGCCAAUUGGAGCAGUAGGGCAGUUUAUAAAAUGCCCGCAGAGUCAAUUUUGUAGUUGUAAGUAGGUAUGUAGGUACAAAAUACAUUAAUUUAAAUGAGGUAAUAUAUUUUUUAAAUAGUUAAAAUGGGUGUUAAUUAAUUCGACUUAUCUGCGCUCUUUUAAAUAGGCUGGUGUGUAUAUUUCACAAACAACCUACUUAAAAAAUAGGCAUUAUAAAACAUAUCUCUAGAGGAUUUUUUUUUACUGUGAAAUUUUUAAUUACUUACACUGAUGAAUGCCUCAUAUCAGUCCUUGUCUUUUUAACGAUAAGCAUAUUUUUAAUACCUACAUAAAUGUUUUAUUCCCCUUGAAUGUAAGUAGAUAUCACUCCUUAAUAUAACUUUAAUCCUAAAUGUUGGAUAUUGGAAAAAAAAAACUGAUUAGGCAGAAUCCGUAAGCCGGAGCGCUUUCACUUGGGAAGUUUUUAAAGGAAAUAAAAAAAGUUUCUAGAUUUCCACAAUUUUAUUUUUAUGCUGCUGUAAAACAUGUUUCAGCACAGAUAAAUUGUGGAAAACUUUUUUGUUUUCUUUCAAAAUUUUUCAUGAAUUUCCAUGCCUAAAUCAAUCUGUGUUAUUGUUUGUUGUUGAAACACUCAUUCUAUCUUACAGUUAACAUAUUGAGUAAGCAUAUCAUGUGAUCUACAAGAUAGUGCCUCUAUUGUGAUCAGACUAAUCUUUUAUGAUUUGUUGUAUGUAUAUAUAAGUCCCUAUCUACAUUAUAAGUAUAUGGUAUUUGAUAAGAAAUUUAAAGAAUUUAUUAUAUUCUAUAUGUAUAUUUGUUAUAUGUACCGUUAAUUCGGGAAUAUCAUCAUACAGUUGGCAAGCAAGUACUGAAAGUUAGAAGAUUUUACAGACUGGUAAUAAUGUUGUAUGACUUAGCCCAAAUUACAGGCCCAAAGAAUUUGAAAUUUAAUUUUUUUUCAAUUGGAUGCACGGUGAAAGUUUGUAAAUUUGCAAGUGGUAAGUGGUCAUCAUCAUCAGCUCAUCCUGUCCAAUGUUUUUAUUAAACUUUGCAAUACGAAGCAACCAGUAUCCAGUUUCCAGCGAUUCUCUUUAUGUCAUACCUCCACCAAUCGGGGGCAAGCCUGGCUUGUGGCUUGGCUUGUUUGAAAAACUUCUUGACAGUGUGGUGGAAUUUAAAUCCAGGAAAAUUGGAAGUUUUUCUUUGGAAAACACAAAUUGAAGGUUCAAACACGCUGUUAAGAACUUAUACGAUGUGUUUAUAUUGACUCUGAUCACUGCUACAAAAGUUUGGUUUUACUUUAUGAGACGAUGGAGGUCUGUUCGACCUCUAAAAUUUUACUUGAGCUGAGUGAAAACCCAGAUCUCAACAGUGUGUUUGUAGCUUCGGUUAAAAACUUCUAUUUUUCCUGGUUUAAAAUCUUCACUGAUGAUUCUCAGCAUUGAUCUUUCCAUCCUAUGUAAUUUGCCUAUAUGUUUUUCUCCCCAUUUUUCCAGAUUUUUAUGUAGGAAAUAUGGGUGUUUUCCUUUUGUUAUUGUUCUUUUAACUAAAAAACCAAUGCCAACAGAAUGCCAUGUUAAGAAUGAUAUAUUGUUGCUUAUAGGACGCAGCUCCAAUCAAGCACAACAAUAAUUAUUAAUUAUCAAGCCAUCGAACGAGAAAAAAAACCGGACCAUAAUAAUCUUUAUGGUCCUAGGAGCAUAAUAGAUCGUGUCUCGUGUUGACGACAAAAAGUUAAAAUUAUUAACCGUUUGUUGAAAAUAUUUUUGGUUGUUUUUUUGCAAGUUUUCAAACUUCCACCCUGCAUAUUAUUUCAGAACUUGAACGUUCAACCAACAUGGCUAUGUUGGCAAUAUUUCUACAGUUUUACUAACUAAACAUUCCGCAAAAAAAAAAUAUUUACGGGCCUCCUAUCUUGUAUACCUACUUUAGAGUUUAUCACAAACCUAUGGAGGAAAACUCUCGGAAAAGUUACCGUUAUUUUUUUAUGUUAUUUAAUUAAUGUGAUACUCUAUGCACACCUAAACAGGCCCGUAAAUUUAAUUGUAUUAUAUGUACUAUGGAUGUUAUAUUGUACAAUGUUUUUUCUUUGAAUAAAAUGUACUAAGAC